AUGUAAUCACUAUAAUAAUGCUAGUUCACGAUCUCGCCAAAUAGGCGGCGGAGACCCUUUUGGUCGGUCGCGCUCCCUGUUCGUCUUAGAGAUCUGACAUGUGGGUUCUGCGCCUUAAUGUAUCUGUUUUUCUCUUCAAUAAAAUCUUGCCUCAAUAAAAAACGAGAGUUAUAUAGCCAAUCUCAAAUAGUUUAAUCACAGACUUCUCGCUGGUGCACAACUUGUCGAUGUUGAAUAAUGCACCGCUAUUGUCCAGAAAUUCUGCUCCAAAUCAGACUUUAUUUUCACUUCUUGAGAGAUGCAAAUCAAUGUUGGAGUUGAAAAAAAUUCACGCUCUUGUGAUAACUUCUGGCGUUUCCCAAGAUGAACCAGUUGUUUCAAGUAUCUUAACUUUCUCUGCGAUCUCUGAUUCAGGCAAUAUCGAUUAUGGUUACCGGGUUUUGUUACACAUUUCAAACCCAUCCAUCUUCAGCUGGAACACACUCAUUAGAGGCUAUUCAAACAGCAAGAACCCAAAUCGUUCCUUAUCAGUUUUUGUCAAAAUGUUACGACUUGGGUUCUCGCCGGACCAUUUAACGUACCCUUUUCUUGCGAAGGCGUCGGCUCGCCUAUUGAGGCGAGAACUUGGUGUGUCCAUUCAUGGCCACAUUGUGAGAACUGGGUUUGAUUGUGACAGGUUUAUACAGAAUUCUCUGAUACAUAUGUAUGCAUCGUGUCGGGACAUUCUGUAUGCACGCAACGUGUUUGAUGAAAUCACGACAAAGAACUCUGUUUCGUGGAAUUCCAUGCUGGAUGCGUAUGCUAAGUGUUGCAAUGUUUCCAUGGCCCGCGAACUGUUUGAGCUAAUGCCUGAGAGGGAUGUAGUGUCAUGGAGUUCUUUGAUUGAUGGGUAUGUUAAGAGUGGAGAGUACGGAGAGGCAUUGGCCAUUUUUGAUGCAAUGUGUAGCACGGGUCCUAAAGCCAAUGAAGUGACUAUGGUGAGUGUAUUGUGUGCUUGUGCACAUUUAGGAGCGCUUGAUAAAGGAAAGAUGAUGCAUCUUUAUAUGAUUGAUUACGGAUUGCCAUUAACGCUGGUGUUGCGUACCUCUCUUGUCGAUAUGCAUGCAAAAUGCGGGGCAAUAGAGGAGGCUAUGGCUGUGUUCCGUGGGAUUCCUGUGCAUAGUACUGAUGUGUUGAUUUGGAACAGCAUGAUUGGAGGGUUCGCGAUGCAUGGUUUUGUUCUAGAGUCCUUAGGAUUGUAUACAGAGAUGCAAAUAGCUGGGAUCCGACCAGACGAGAUUACAUAUCUGUGCUUGUUGAGUGCUUGCGCUCAUGGUGGAUUAGUCAGGGAAGCUUGGCAUUUCUUUGAAUGUAUUGAGAAGCAGGGCAUGGCAGCGAAGAGUGAGCACUAUGCGUGCAUGGUGGAUGUUCUGGCACGGGCCGGUCAAGUGGCAGAGGCAUAUAAAUUUUUAUGUCAAAUGCCCGUAGAGCCAACCGCUUCUACGUUGGGUGCUCUGCUAAAUGGAUGUAUGAACCAUGGAAAAUUCGAUCUUGCAGAAAUAAUAGGAAGAAAGCUUAUAGAGUUGGAACCGAAUCACGAUGGAAGGUACGUUGGCUUAUCAAAUGUUUAUGCAGUACUCAGACGCUGGGACGAAGCAAGAACCAUGAGAGAAGCCAUGGAGAGACGCGGCGUGAAGAAGACUCCCGGGUUUAGUUUUCUGGAGAUGUCCGGAGCUCUUCAUCCAUUCAUAGCACAUGAUAGAUUACAUCCUUAUUCAGAGCAGAUAUACAGAAUGCUAAAGUUUCUUGUAGGGCAAAUGGAACUCGAUGCGGAUACGGAAAAUCAAGAACAUUUGUUGUAUGAUAUUGAAGUUGUCUGAACUGCAUUUCUUCCUGCUAACAUUAUUUGAAUAAUACUCCUAAUAAUUCUUUUCUAUUUCCAA